GUUUGUGAUUGGCCCAUGCUGGACAAUGCCACUGUGAUGUCAGUCCACACGUGCUGUCAAACGGAGUCUCCUGAACCCCUUAGUCUCAGUGGAGCUGCCGUUCAGACACAGAUCAUGAGUGGUGGGUACGAUCUCAACCUCUUUGCCAGCCCUCCUGACUGCAACUUCCUGUGUUCCAUCUGCCAUGGGGUUCUCAAGAGGCCAAUGAGGUUACCAUGCAGUCACAUCUUCUGCAAAAAGUGCAUCUUCCAGUGGCUAGCCAGACAAAACACCUGUCCAUGCUGUAGAAAAGAGGUGAAAAGGAGAAAGAUGGUCCAAGUGAAUAAACUCCGAAAAACCAUUGGCCGCCUACAAGUCAAGUGCAAGAACGCUGCAGCUGGCUGCUUGGUGACAUGCCCUCUGGCUCAUCGCAAGGGGCAUCAGAACUCAUGCCCCUUCGAGCUGAUGGCCUGCCCCAAUGAGGGUUGCACUGCGCAAGUUCUGCGUGGGGUCCUAGAUGAACACCGCCAGCAUUGCCAGCAGAAUAGACAGCAGCGCUGCCCCUUAGGCUGUGGAGCCACCCUGGCUGCCUUGGAGGGUGAGCGCCACAACUGCUACCGCGAGCUACGUGACGCUUGGGUCCAACGCCAUGAGCGCAACCGGACCCUGCUGCUGAACCUGCUGGGGCGUGUACGCCGGGUGUACCGCACCACCAACCUCAUCCGCCGGCAGCUGGCACAGCUGAGCAACUUCCUGGAGGAUGAUACCCUGCUCCUGAAUGGCCAGGUGCAAGAGACUGAGGUUGCCCCGGAGGCUGAGAUGUGGGGUGCGCAGGGCCAAGGUGUCUUAUAGAGGAGUUAAAUAAACGCUGAGCCCGGGCCUGGUCCACCUCACAGCUC